AUGGAGAGUGCGUAUCUAAAGAACAGUGUGGGUCCAGUGCUUGCCAAGGCAGUGGCCGAGACGGUACUCGCGCAGCCCAGCAAUCCGCAGGAGUAUCUCGCCCUCUAUCUCUUACACGUACUGCAGGAGGAGGAACGCACCACCGCCGCCGCCACGCUCAAACAGAAGGUGGAACAGCAACGACAGUUGUGGGCAAAGGAACGGGCACUGCGUGAGAAACGCGCUGUUGAUACCAUUCAACGUUUCUUCUCUAAAUGUAAAGAUGCCUUACGUGCACGACAUGCACAGGAAACCGCAUUAUGGACAAAGUAUGAAACCGCCGUUGCCGAGGCAGAGGAACUAUUAGAGGAAGAAGACACACAUGCCGAUAAGGGAUAUACCACAGCUGGGGAUCAACCCCAUAAAGUGCAGGGGAAUACAGCUGGCGGAGAAGAAGAAGAUGAUGGGGCGGCAUUAGAGGAAGCCGCUGUUGCUGCGGAAGAGGCCCGUGCGGAGUUUUAUAAGGCCCAACGCUUUAUGCUUCAUCUUCGCAAGGCCUUCAUUGGAACCCUCAAGACGGAAUUGGUGGAUCGACGGGAACAGGUGCGGGUCGAACAGGACCGUAUACAUGAUAUUCUCGAUCUCACAACCGCAGAGGCUCGUGAAAAGGAAGAUGCGGAGUUUACAAAAACAACACUAACACACACCACAGCGAUGGGAGUAAAUACAUUACCAUCAUCCGCAGUAACCGCCGCAUUGGUGAAACAAAUCACCGUCCCACGACAUGAACGCAUUGCGGUAUCAAUGAUUCUCUACCGAGUUUUACGUUGUUGGUGUUAUUUCUUCUUUGACAGUACACCAAAAGAGACAGAUACCCCAGCGAAGGUUGCGGCGUUGGUGAAACCCUUCACUUUCAUGCAAUUACUACGUUCCUUUAAUCCUGUUGCCACCUACAGACGUGGACGUCCACUACGGCUUGAACAUAUCAUUCAUCACAGAGAUGAUGAGGAUGAUCAGGGCGGUGUAGAUGAUGAAGAUCCCAUGCGUGAAGGGGAUAGCGAUCCACUACCACAACCAAAGCCACGUCAAGCACGACGUGUGAAUCGUGUUCUCCGUGUAUUAAUGCACGAUGCGGAAUACAUCACGGCUGUGAAUCCCGCAGACUUUAUGGAUGUGGACGAAUUCGAUGAUGACGACGGUGGAGUUGCCGAUCGUGGCAGUGCGACAAACAGCAGCAACCAGGUGCAUGAGAGUGACAACCACAGUGCCGAUCACGCCAAUCUCAAUAAUAAUAACAAUAAUAAUAAUAAUACCGCUGGUGGACUGCGGGCUGCGGUGGCGGAGGCGGUGGACGCGGCUGCACGUGGGGCCGCCAUCGCUGAACGUGUGGAGUCCACCGCCCGAAAACACAGUGUGGUGUUGUACGCAUUACUGCGAAUGCUGCGCACCGCGAGUGCCUAUCGAGAUGCACGCGAUCGUUGGUUGACACUCCUGCAGCGCGGGGGCCACGAUGUGCCGGCGAUCGCGGGAGAAGUGCCGGAGGAUGACGAUAUGGAUCCACACAACGACGAGGCCCCCCGCGAUGAGGACGAAUACGAUGAGAACGACCACAAUCGCAACAAUAUGGACUUCAACAACGUUGUGGAGGAUGAGGCGCUGCGUCGACUGCUGCUGGUGAUUGGCGUUGACGAAGACGAGGCGCUGGCGAAGUUGUGGGGAGCGACAGACGCGGCGCGGCGUGUGCGUUGGGAGGCGUUUGCGGCCGCGGCUGCACGGCGGGCGGCGGAGGAGGAAGAGAGCGGCGGCCGCGAAGAUGAGGAUGGAGACGACGAGGACGAUGCGUGA